AUCAAAAAUGGGCUGGCUUUAGUCUCUUAACAAAUUGGACACCGCUCCGGCGGCAGGAGCAGUCCCCAACCCAACCUACAGGCGCUGGGAACUUGCAAGCAGCCAGGGACCACUGAAAAUAGCACUUCUUUUUCUUUCUUUGUGUUCAAAAUUAUUUUCUUUCUCCACCAGGUUUUGUUCCCCCCUCCCCCGCCCCGCAGUUGUUCCCCGUUAGUAACUCGAGCUCUCGGAGAGGUCAGAUCCGUCUGCUUCGCCUCCGCUCCCCCCUUCCCGUGUUUGUUUGUUUUCUGCGCAUCUCCUUCAGGGAGUCGCCGGGGCUGGCGUCCCCCCUGCUUCUUCUUUUCCGAGCAGACCCAUUUCCACCGCGGCUGCCUCUUUUCUUCUUCCCCCUCUCCCUCUGUCCCCGAGCGUCUCGGCGCUCUCCCAUCGCCCCGCCUCUGCGCUCCCCGCUUCUCCUUCUCGGAUGAGCUGAGAGCCCCCGGGGCGAGUGUAUAUGGAAAUAGUGGGGUGCCGAGCCGAAGACAGCUCGUGUCCUUUCCGCCCCCCAGCCAUGCUCUUCCACGGGAUCUCUGGAGGCCACAUCCAAGGCAUCAUGGAAGAGAUGGAGCGCAGAUCCAAGAGCGAGGCCCGCCUGGCCAAAGGCGCCCAGCUCAACGGCCGCGACGCGGGCAUGCCCCCGCUGAGCCCGGAGAAGCCCGCCCUGUGCGCUGGCUGCGGGGGCAAGAUCGCCGACAGGUACUACCUGCUGGCCGUGGACAAGCAGUGGCACCUGAGGUGCCUGAAGUGCUGUGAAUGUAAGCUGGCGCUCGAGUCCGAGCUCACCUGCUUCGCCAAGGACGGCAGCAUUUACUGCAAGGAGGAUUACUACAGAAGGUUCUCUGUGCAGAGAUGUGCCCGCUGCCACCUCGGCAUCUCCGCCUCCGAGAUGGUCAUGCGCGCCCGAGACUCUGUCUACCACCUGAGCUGUUUCACCUGCUCCACGUGCAACAAGACCCUGACCACGGGCGACCAUUUUGGCAUGAAGGACAGCCUGGUGUACUGCCGCGCCCACUUCGAGACCCUCUUGCAAGGAGAGUAUCCGCCGCAGCUGAGCUACACCGAGCUGGCGGCCAAGAGCGGCGGCUUGGCCCUGCCUUACUUCAAUGGCACGGGCACCGUGCAGAAGGGGCGGCCCCGGAAACGGAAGAGCCCAGCGCUGGGGGUGGACAUCGUCAAUUACAACUCAGGUUGUAACGAGAAUGAGGCCGACCACUUGGACCGGGAUCAGCAGCCUUACCCGCCCUCGCAGAAGACCAAGCGCAUGCGCACCUCCUUCAAGCAUCACCAGCUGCGGACCAUGAAAUCCUACUUCGCCAUCAACCACAACCCGGACGCCAAGGACCUCAAGCAACUUGCUCAGAAGACGGGCCUGACCAAAAGAGUUUUGCAGGUUUGGUUCCAAAACGCACGAGCCAAAUUCAGAAGGAACCUUUUGCGGCAGGAGAAUGGGGGUGUUGAUAAAGCCGAUGGCACGUCGCUUCCGGCCCCGCCCUCGGCAGACAGCGGCGCGCUCAGUCCACCGGGCACUGCGACCACUUUAACAGACCUGACCAAUCCCUCUAUCACUGUAGUGACAGCCGUGACCUCUAACAUGGACAGCCACGAGUCCGCGAGCCCCUCGCAAACUACCUUAACGAACCUUUUCUAACAUUGGGUUUGGGUGUUUGUUUUUUUUAAAUUCUUCCUCUUCUUUUUAUUAUUAUUCUAAUGAUUAUUUUAUUAUUUACAAAACGAUAUUUUUUUCCCUCACCCCCAAGAUACUUGGCAAGUAACAACGACAGCUUGGUUUGUACUGUCUUGCAGCCACUUGGCAAAUGAGUUUACAGUAUCGUCUCCUUUGCAAAGUGUAUUAUUAUUAUUAUUUUUUGUUACAAAGUGUAUUUGGAUUUUAAAAGGAUUAAUUAGAUCGUUCAGUCGGUAAGGGGAAUUUUGGAAUCAUUCUAAUAAGUGCCUCUUAAAAUUGUAUGUUACUUAUUUCCAGAAUCUCAAAGGAAAAAAAAAACAAAAACAAAGAGUGGUAUUGUGAUGGGCAAAGAAUCAUAUGCCCAGUUACAUGAUUAGGCUAAUAAGGAAUCAGAUAAUUGAUUAAAAUUAUUUUUUAAUCUUGCAACUGUUACCUGUACUUAUGAAAGUUUGGAAACUUCACGUUGUCUUUUUAAAAAAUUUUAAAAUGCAAAAGUUUUACUCAUUCCUUUUUCUUACAAAUGAGGAAUAUGGUUAAAGAAACAAUAGCUAAUCUAAAUAUUAAAGAUUAAUUAGAUGGGAAAAUCUAACCAGGAAUGUGACUUUUAUUUUCUCUUAGGAGUAUAGUCCCAACAAAACUUUCUUACUAGUUAUUGCUUUUCAACGUUUGAAAAAUACUUAAACCUCCUAUGUAUCCAUGAAAAUUCCAAACAGAAUUUGAAAUUUUAUACAUUUAACCUUCUCAAGCUGAUGAUAGGUAUGAAAGCAUUCUUUCUAAAUUAUUUUUCCCCAGGGAAAAUGGAAAUAAGCAAAAUAUAAUUUUUUAAGAAGUUAAAAAAAAUCAGUAUAAUUUAAUCGAUAGCUCUUAAUUGGCUUUAGCUGUACCAUGAUAUUGUAUCUGGCAUUCUAUACAAAUAAAGUUAAAACAAAAAACUUAGUAAGUAAUAUUAACAAUGAAAAUUCUUUGGUUUUGUUUUGCUUCAUUUUACUUUGGCACAGGUUGAUGUAUUUGUCAGAAAAAAAAAAAAAACUUUUCUGACGUUAGAGAUUUGAAGUUCUUAGUUUAAAGAUAAACUCAGAAGCCUUGUGGAUGCGAAUCUGAAUAUAUUUCCUAGUUUACAGUAGCAUUUUUUUUCUUUUAAUUUAAGCUAAAAUCUUAAUGGUCUGGGCAGUGGUGAAUGUUCAUCUAUGCUUCUGUUGUAGUUAAAUAUCAAUUAGAUUGUGGAUUUCCUAAAAAAACAUAAAAUAAAAAAGAAGUCAAGAUACAUGUCUUGCUUUAGUGGAUUGUUAAGAAUAACUUUGCACAUAUUCUCCACUUUUCGGACUCCUUAAAUCUCCUCUGGCGUUCGAAGUGGUUAUUUAAUAGAUUUUAAAGGUGUCCUUCUGGUUGUAUAAAUGUGUGGUUACAUAUUGACAGUUCACUGCCCACAUUAAAGUGCAUUAUUGUAACUUUUGCUCAGGGUCUUUAGAAAAUUAGCACAGAAAGUAGCUUAUUUUUUAAAAAAAAGAUGAUGGAAGAUAAGUUAACACUGUAACAGAAGAAGGUGUUUGCCAUUAUAUAUUUAGCAAGUGUGGUUAUCAUCUUAUAUGGAGCUUAAAUCUUGACUUUUCAUAUUUCUAUUACAUUUUGGGCAUUUACCACUAACCAGACCAAACAACCUUGGUAAGGCUGAGAUCUUAUGAAUACACUUUUACAGGUAAAAUAUUGAUACUUAUAAAUUUUGUUCUUUGACAGAACAAUAUAUGGUACUAUAGAUCUACUUUAUUAAGUAGACUAAUUAUAACUCAGUUCUCCUACGUGCCUUAUGAGAUAACUUGGAAGUAAGUUUGUGAAAAAUCAGGAUAUAUGUGUUGUUUGUUAAAUUAACUGUUUUAGGCCCUUUUGACACCUCACUAGUUUUGUACUGUUUUACCUCUUAUUUCUGAAACUCUUUUUAUGGUGUAUCCUGUUAGAGGGGACAGACAUGUCAUAGAAAGCAGUUGUGCACUCUUUCCAAUAUAGUUGAUAAAUUCAAUAAUCUUAUAUAUUGAGCUUCGUGUUUAUAGUACAGUAAGUGGUCUAGCAAAAUUGUCCAUGUUUCUUUGUUUAUUGAGAAAUGCAUUGUAUAGAAACUAUUUCCCUUAAAUAUUUAUGGACCAAACAGUUGUGAUAUAUCCUAUUAAAUUUGUGUGAAUAAACCA